GCCGCUUCCCACACCCACACCGAGGACCUAGACCCCUUGAGAGAGCUUCAUGAUGUCUCAGUCUGUUUUCAGUGGCUAUCCCUCAACACCUGAUACUGGGUCAUUUCAAAGGAAAGAGAUUUCUUACAGUCGAGAGACUGGGGGAGUCCAACAUUGGGAUGAAGCAUCUGGUGGGAGCCUCCUCACCCGUGGGGACUCUGCAGAGUCCUAAGUGCACUAACGGCAUGUCCGAUAGAGUCAGGGCCAGCUUCCGGGUCUCUCUCCUCAUAAAGCCACUAACACCACCUUAGGGGCCCCACCCUCCGAACUAAAUUUAAACUUAAUACCACGAGAGGAUUAGAAAUGAUCUGUGUUUGUGUGUGUGUGUGCAUGCAUGUAUUCGUGUGUAGGUCAAAGGACAACUUGCAGGAGUCAGGUCUCUUCUUCCGCCACGUGGGUCCCAAGGAUAGAACUGAGAAUGUCAGGCUCGGCAGCAAGCGCCUUUACCCCCUGAGCCACCUCGCCAGCCCUCAGUUUCCAUCCUUUUAAUACGCGCAAUGGUUCAAAGUUCAACAUGAACUUGAUGGGACACUGACACCAUGACAUCCCUGUCACCCUGCUCCCAUACCCAUGCCCUAUUUUAUAUGUUCCUGCUUGGACAGAUUUGGACGCAUUGGCCGUCUGGUGUUGCGAGUCUGCAUGGAGAAGGGCAUUAAGGUGGUGGCAGUGAACGAUCCAUUCAUUGACCCAGAAUACAUGGUAAGUAGCAGGUGGAGAGAGGGACCAGCAAGAGUGGCACCUGAGUUGGGGAGAGGGUUCCAAGAGCUGUAUGGAAAGCCUUGCAGAAUCUUCCCCAAGGUGGGGACUUCUCUGGGGUUGCUGGCUCUGCCACCUAAGAUGAGGACCCUGUUCUGUCUACUGCAGGUAUACAUGUUCAAAUAUGACUCUGUGCAUGGGAGAUACAAAGGAAGCGUGGAACAAAAGGAUGGAAGACUAGUUGUGGAUAACACUGAGAUCCAAGUGUACCAGUGCAAAGACCCCAAAGACAUCCCUUGGAGUUCCGUAGGGUGUCCCUAUGUGGUGGAGUCUACAGGCGUAUACCUGUCCACGGAGGCAGCUUCGGCACACAUCACAGCCGGUGCCCAGCGUGUGGUAGUCACUGCGCCCUCCCCUGAUGCACCCAUGUUGGUCAUGGGUGUGAAUGAGAAGGACUAUAACCCUGGCACUAUGAACAUUGUCAGCAAUGCAUCCUGUACCACCAACUGCCUGGCCCCCCUCGCAAAGGUUAUUCAUGAACGCUUUGGGAUCGUGGAAGGGCUAAUGACCACAGUCCAUUCCUACACAGCCACUCAGAAGACAGUGGACGGGCCAUCCAAGAAGGAUUGGCGAGGUGGCCGCGGUGCUCACCAGAACAUCAUCCCAUCCUCCACUGGGGCUGCCAGUGCUGUAGGCAAAGUCAUCCCAGAACUCAAAGGGAAGUUAACGGGAAUGGCAUUCCGGGUGCCAACCCCAAACGUAUCUGUUGUGGACCUGACCUGCCGCCUGGCCCAGCCUGCCUCCUACUCAGCUAUCAAGGAGGCUGUAAAAGCAGCAGCCAAAGGGCCUUUGGCUGGCAUCCUUGCUUACACAGAGGACCAGGUGGUCUCCACGGACUUUAUCGGCGAUCCCCAUUCGUCCAUCUUCGAUGCUAGGGCAGGCAUCGCCCUCAAUGACAACUUCGUUAAGCUCAUUUCCUGGUACGACAACGAAUAUGGCUACAGUAACCGAGUGGUCGACCUCAUCCGCUACAUGUUUAGCCUGGAGAAGUAA